AUGAGAGCGGGAAAACAACUAGCUGUUGCAGCAGCGGCUUACGUCGGCUUGAGUGGAAUAGGUGAAAAUGCUGAGUUUCAAACCAAGAAAUUUGGUGGAAAGAAAGUAGAUGGAGGAGUAUGUCGCAAGGUCUCAAAUAUCUGCGACAAAAGUGGUUUGUGCCUGCGCGUUUUUCAGUAUCAGUCAUGUCCGUUUUCUUGUAAGGUUCGAGCGUUCCUUGAUUAUUACGGGUUUUCCUAUGAGGUCGUUGAAGUUAAUCCGGUUACGAAAUCACAGCUACACUUUGCUAAGGACUACAAGAAGGUAUUUUUACUUCCAAACAUCUUAGAGGAACGUGUGUGGAGACAAUGGGUCGACGACCGCUUUAUACAUUUGAUUUCCCCAAACGUAUAUCGUACCCCAAAGGAAGCCUUAGAAACCUUUAAUUGGUUCUCAGAAUUUGGUGAUUGGAAUGAAAACUUUACUCCCUGGAAUCAAAUUUUGGCGAAAUACGUGGGCGCUUUUAUGGUGUACUUUAUUGCCAAGCGCCUCAAAGCGAAACACAAAAUUACGGACGAAAGGCAGGCGCUAGUCGAAGCUUUUGCUGAGUGGAUGGAAGCUAUUGGCCCAGAUAGAAAGUUCUUAGGUGGUAAUGAGCCAAAUUUGGCUGACCUUGCCAUGUACGGUGCAAUGGUUGCAUUUUCGGGUUGUUCGGCCUUCAGAGAAGUGGCUGCUAACGCACCUAUAAUGCGUUGGUAUACGGCCAUGCAUCUAGCUGUGAACGCUCACGAAGGUCGCCGUUUGAUCGAAAAUAGACCAGAAAUGCCUGCUAAUCCGCUACCAGCGUGA